AUGGCGUGGGGGGGGGGAAGGACGGGGACGUGGGCCUCGCCUUGGAAUCCCCGCCGCGCCGCCUCCCUCCCGCUUCCCAAGUAAACAACCUCCGAGGAAGGCCCCUCCCGGCCCGGCUCAGCCAAAACAAAACAGCCUCGGAGGAGCUGCCUGGGGCCGCCCAAGGAAAAGACUCCCCCCCGGCCCUCUCUCCGCUGUGCCUGGCAGCGCUGCCUUUCCAACUCGGGAGGAGGGAUCCGGCGAGUGGGCUGGCUCCCCUCCGGCUCAGUCCAUCCCAGGGGGUGAGAGGGUUAAGGUGCAACCCAAAGGGGGCCCUUCCUCACCUGGCGGAGCAGGCCGCCUCUCCCUGGAUUCCCUCUCCUUUGAUUCGCGGGCGCCGGGGGAGCAGAACCAGCCCCUUCUUUGCCAAUCAACCCCACAAAAGGGGCCUGAAGCUGUUCCUGUUUCGGGUUGGAGAGUGUUGAGUGGAACCAGUGCCGGAUUUACCUAUAAAUUUUGGGGCCCCCAAAAAAUUUAAAAGGAAAAAACACCAAAAUAUAAGAUGAAAACAAAUAAAACCCACAUACAGCAACAGUGUUUUGUGUUGUGUAGGGACCUGUUAGGUCCAUAAAUUACCAUAUAGCAUAUAUUCAACACAAAAAACAGGAACAAUUUGUUGCUGACAGCUGGACAUAUAAAGGGCCCCAUUACCUUCAGUAGCUUAAGGCCUCAGCAAACCUAAAUCCGGCCCUGAGUGGAACCAGCAGCCUCCAAGAGUCAUCCUGCCAGCCGAACGGCCACAUGCCCCUUGAAAGUCUCCAUCUCCAGUGUACAUCCUGCCUUUUUUCUUUUCAGGCGGGGGGGAAAAGCACAUUGGGGAUCCAAGGCUAGAGAUGCCAGUCAGAUGCCCAGAGAACAGCACAAGCAGGGGGUUCCUGCAGCACUAGGAGUAAAUGGAGCAGGUGAGUCUCUCGGUGUGUGUGUGUGUGUGCCUGCCAUGUGCAUAGGUGUUGCUUCAAGAGGGAUUUAUUUUGCCAUUUGUUUUUGUCUGUCUGAAUUGUAGUAGCUUACACCAAGUAAGAUGGGUGUGCCCUUCCUGUAGCUGUAGGCACUGCAUCUACAUGAGUCAAAGUACAGGGUAAAUAAGGAGAAAUAGUUAAAAUGGGUGUGGUUGUUUUUAUUUGCAAAAGUGGCAAGAAUAUAUGUACAUGCUCUGAAUGAAGAAAAAUCAUUUGACAUGCUGUUACAGUAUCCCAAGGAUCCUUUAAUCCAAGUGUGGGUUGAAACUUUGUAGUAGUCCAUGGGUGAAUCACUGAUUUCUGGUUGGCCUGCUGGUUGGUAGAAUUCUUGCCAAGAAUGUGGGAGUAGGCUAACUCUGGUCUUAUCCAACAAUACAUGUCUUAUCUACUAAGGCAAGAAUGGAUACGUUGGAUCGCUAGUUGAAAAAAAUAGAGAAGUCACACGUGACUGUAGUCCGCCCAUGUUCUAGUCAUGACAGACAGUUAAAAUUUCUAAAUAUCCUAAAUGAUUGUGCUGUAGAACAUUUGGUCAUGGAACUUAUCUGAGACGCGACCCUGAACUUACUUGUAAGUGGUGCCAGUACUUUGUGCAAUAUUUAAGUGUUGUUCAACUAGUUGGAAACAGUAACCAAAGAGUUAUCAAAUUCAACAUAUAUGUAAGCAGAGUAGAGAAUGGCUAAGGAUGUCCACAGUCACAUAUGACUUCAAUAAAUGAAAUCUCAAAAAUGAAAUGAUUGGUUGAAAGUCAAGUUGAAAGGGAAAGACUAGAGGGUCAAAUCUCUCCAAAACAUAUUGGUGUUAUUCAGAAUCACAAGAAUAGAAGCAUAGCUCGAAUGUAUACUGCAAGUCAGGGAAGAUGCUAGUGUAAUAGAAGCAAGGAAGCUGUUACAGGCAAUAAGGCUUCUUCCUUCCUUUCACAAAAUGGGAGGUCUUGCUCAAUUAAGGAGAACAAAAUGAAUACAUGCUUGCAAAACAAAUUCAAAAAAGAAAGUAAGUUUUGAGGUGCAUAUAGCUAAAAAUAUUAAGAUCAACAAUAAAAAAUAUUAAAAGUGUGUGUGACAGAUGUGAAAAGGGAAAAUUACGGGCCAAUGAUUCUGUCUGUCACAUCCCAUAAUAGGAUACUGUAGAGCUGGAAAGUGUGGAAAAGGUAAACCAAAAACAUUGAGUAACUUUUUUAGUUUUAAAAAAAAGGUGAGUAAAGGGGGAGCAUGUCAGAGGGAGAUAAAAUUAUACAUGAUGUGAAGCAAGUGGAUAGCGAGAACUUUCCUCUUGCUCUGUCAUAGUGCUGGAGUCUGAGGCCAUUCAGUGAGGUGGGAGAUUCAGGACUGAUAAAGGGAAGUACUUCACACACCUGCAAAAUUGAAAUUUGUUACCAUAGGAUGUAAUGGAAGCCAUAAACUUAGAGAGCUUUAAAAAAGGAUUUGACAAAUUCAUGGGGAUAAGGCUACUAUUCACAAUGUCUAUAUACUACCACCUGGAUCAGAGGCAGCAGGCCACAGAAUACCAGUUGUAGGGGGAACAGCAGCAGCAGAACAUCCCUGAGUAAUUGCCCCCUUUGCCUACUUUUUCUGACCCUCUCUAGCAAGUUGCUGUGUGGCAGGAACCUUAAUGAUUAAAUAACUGAAAAUGCUGAGUUGCAAUGAUGAUGAGACUAAAAGACAGUGAAGAUGAAAAGGUCACUGAAUGCAAACCUCAAAAACUUAGUUCCUUUUCUUGAUCCCUUGAGACAGAAGGAGAGUCAACCUGAGAGAGAAUCUCUCUUGAUUACACUCCCUCAUGUACACACACACCUCCAAGAAGGGUAGAUUCUCCCACUGAUAAUUGCCUUUCACUCCACCUAGAUGUCACUAAAAUCCUCCUCAUUAUAUCACUGGACCCCUUCCUUGUACGUACCAGACUAGAGAUCUCCAGACCUUACUUUAGGGUAGUUUGAGCAUCAGUCUGUGUCUUUCAGUCACCCCUCCAACAACUGUCCAUGCAACUCCAUGUCACUCUCAAGGUACACCUUUAACGCAGUGCUGGGUGCCAGAUCAAGAAGCCUGAUAAGGGUUCUGUCACCCAGUAGCAUGAAGUUUGGUUCCCCAAAGAGCUGAAGUCACUAGGGCAUAGAAUUCCUGGCCCUAGUUAUGGUCUUGGUCCUGGUCUUUACCUCAGCUGAGCCUCAGUAGAUCACCUUUGGCAAAUUCUCUCUAUCUUCCCGGGGUCUCAUAGCUCCACCACUUAAUUUUACACCUUGUAGCAUAGGAACUCUUGCUUUUCUCUAGACUAGAAAUUUGAAUGUGUUAGAAUAUUGGCUAUAAAAUGCACCUUUGAGUUUGCAUAUAUGUUGUGCUUUACUAUGAAUCUGUUUUGAAAAUAUGCAUGUGAAUGCAUGCAUACACAGGUUCUCAGAUACACAAGAGCAUGUGAUUGUGACCCCAUGGGUACAGAAUACUAGACUAGUUUUUUUAUUUCUCUUUUUUCAUUAUAUUGCAUUUUUUACUUCUGGUAUAGAAAGAAAGCUAGAACAGUAGGCUAAAAUGAAAGUGAAGCUGAAGUUCUUCUAAACCCCAACUAGAUAGGUUUCCUUUAGUUGAAACGUUGUACUUUCCUUUGUGUGGGGGAAGAGAUUGAUAUACUUGCAACGGUAUGUAUCAAGUCCCUGCUCUGCCUGUUCAUGAAAUUAAAUGUAUUAUAAUAAUAAUAAUAAUAAUAAUAAUAAUAACAAUAACAGCAACAACAACAACUUUGUUGCAGACAACAGUUUGUAAAUAUGAUGUAAAGCAAAGUCUCAAAACCCAGAAUAGGUUUGGACAGGAUGUUUCAUGAUCAGGCAGUGUUUCCUGCAAUGCUCUCACCACCAAUAAUUAUUUCCUACUUCUUAAUUUGUGCUGUUUUGUCUCCUGCUGCUUUCCUCUCUCCACUCUUUUCCUUCCUUGCCCUCUGUUAUUUGGUCCCCACCAGAAGCUUCCAGUUCCUUUUAAGGGUAAAACUAAAAUGAAAUGAGUCUCCCAACCCAACUGAUGCCUUCUAGUUAUGUCUUAAAUGCUACUUUUUUUUAUACCCUGUCUUUUCCCCCCUCAGAGCCUGUGUGACGUUGGAUGAGGCCCAGCUCAGUGACAACAUGGCUCACUUUGAUACAGAGUAUCAGCGGCUGGAGGCCUCCUACAAUGAUUCUCCCCCAGGAGAAGAGGACCUGAUGGUUCAUGUUGCCGAGGGCAGCAAAUGUGAGUACAGCUGUGAGCGGCCAGCCUUGGGGCCAGGCACCCCACAAAUCAGUGCUGAUGGUGCCUGGGACUGGUGAAAGACUAAUCUGAACAGGAAGUGGAAUUGUGGGAUUCUGGCUCUGUUUCUGGGGAAACUGCAUUUGCUGUGCAGCAUGUUUUCAAGCAUGCCUGUUCCUGGGAAGCAGCAGGAGGAGGAGAAGGCAGUUGCAUUAUUGUAUUGCUUGUGGAUUUCCCAGAGGCAUGUGACUGGCCACUGUGGGACUAGACGGGCCUUUGGUCUUAUGUUCUUACUAAGUUCCCACGAAAUUGAGCAAGGCUUUCUCUCUAGAAAGUGUGUUUAGGGUUCAGCUUUAAACUUUUGUUCUUAAAAUAUUGGGCUUGGAUGGUGCAGUGGGAUGCUGUGUCACAGCUCCUUCUCCCUCUGGCUUCUUUCUGGUGUGUUGAAUUUUAGGGUUCUUUUUUCACUUUGUCUGUCUUGCAGCUCCCUGGCACCACAUUGAGAAUCUGGACCUCUUUUUCUCUCGUAUAUCCUUACCUGAAGGGCAGGGAUAGUUGUAUCCCAGCUGUCGGGAUUGGGGGUGGGGGCUCGGUUGCAGCAGAGCUGGGAACCCUUUACAAGGUUCCUUGUGGCCCAUUAAACACUCCAAGAGGCAAAGGACCUUUCAGUAUCAGUUCAGGAACAAAGGAUAGCAUAAUAAAGAACCAGCCUCUGGAACCCAUACAGGUUUACAGGCCAGACAGCAACAAAAACAAUACAAGGAGAUUUGCAAUCACCCCCUCAAAUUCUUUACGGCAGAAAGUUUCUGACUCUUUCCUCCUGAUGGUGGCUAAUCGUGACUUAAUAGCAUGGCAGGUUGAACUGGAAAAGGAGAUGCUUCCUGCUAAUGGAAGACUAGUCUCUGGUGAAACUAAGGGUACUGCAACCAAUAUUCUGAGCAAUUCUCUUUGACUGUACCCCUCACGUCUAUAACCUGCACCAGAAGAAUGGCUUCACCUGUAUGCUCAUCAGUGAGAUCUUUGAAUUAAUGUGAGUAUGAACUCCAUGUCUCUUCCCGUAAAACAGGAUUGGAAGUGGACAUUCAUUGUAUUUCCAUGGGCACCUUGUCAGAGAUGAAAAAAAGAGUUCUGGUUUCCUGCUGGAGCUAGUGAUCCUUCCCUGGCCCCAAUUCCCUGUCAUUCAGGUUGAUAGGAAAACAAAUCCUACUCCUGAUUCUCUUUAUGCAAGAUGUCUCUGGUAUGAAGGAUAUAGACAGCUGGCGCCUUUUGCUGGCCCAGAUAAUUUGAAGAUGGGAGCGGGGAAGGGAAGGCUGAGUGCCUCCUAGUGUGACACAUCUCCUCUUCUCACAGGCAGUUCAUCUUUGUUGUGGCCUUCACCACAUUCCUUGUCAGCUGUGUUGACUACGAUAUCCUGUUUGCUAACAAGCUGGUGAAUCACAGCCAGCAUUCCAGUGACCCUGUCAAGGUGACCCUGCCAGAUGCCUUCCUGCCUCCCAAUGAGUGCAGUGCCAGGUAAAGUUAGCAAGGGCUAUCCUUUCCUAAAAUUGACCACAUCCUAGCCCAUCUUGGUCGGGUCUAAAAUCCAAGAGGCCUCCUGGAUGCCUACUUUGCAUUUUAAGUCACACUCAAUCGUAGCUGUAGGCUCGGAAAUGUAGUUCUUGCAAGGUGAGCGUUGCUGUCAAAACUGCUUUCAGAUGUUUACUUCUAUAUCUGCCAAAUCUGGGGUCUCCAGCGUUAACCUAAUGUCAUUGAUAAGGUCGGGCCCCUGAUGAGCCAGCUGGACUUUUAAUAUACUAGACAAUCUUUGGCCCCUUGUGGAUUAACUGUGAGAGAAAGCUUUGAGUUCACAUUUGUAGCUGUACCCAUCUUCUCUCAGAUUUUCCAGCCCAGUUGCCCAUUAGUACAGUUUAAUGCAUCUCAGCACUGCAUAGCCUUGCACCCACCUGAAGUGCCUGAAUUCUAGCAAUCUGAGAAGGAGGGGUUGGCACAUGCUUUGGAAAGAACUGUAACGACCAGAAGGGAGGUGGCUGCUUCUUCCUUUCGGUGAAUCCAUCUUUCUCAUAGGAUCCAGGCCAAUGGCUUUCUCAUCUCUAUCCUGGUGAUUGCGGGGGUCUUCUGGAUCCAUCGGCUGAUUAAAUUCAUCUACAACAUUUGCUGCUAUUGGGAAAUCCACUCUUUUUACAUCAAUGCUCUCAAGAUUCCCAUGGUAAGCUGCUGUGCUCUGGGAACUGUUAGACAUGCAUGCACAAAUCUACACACUGUGCUAUUGAUAGGGAAUGUUGACACCUUAGCAAUAUAGUUCUGAUUACCUGAUUACAAGCAAAUCAGUACUGCCAUAUCCUGCCCCCACUUUUUGUUUGCAACCUUCCCAGGAGCAUUUGACUGACUGUUACUGGAGACAGAAUGCUGGAGCAACAUGACUUUUGGUUUGACCCAGAAUAACAUUUGGGUUGAUCCUGCAAUUCAGUUCUUAGUGUCUCAUGUUCUUUUCGAAGCAGUGAGAAGCCUGCAGAUAAUACCUAUUGCUUCUUCUCCUUUAAGGGAAAAAUCUUUCACUCCUGAAUCUUCCUCUGUCCCUUAUUGACCUUCCUCCAGAGUUGUACACUGCUGCUGAUCUUUCUGGUCUGCUGCUAAUCCCAUGGUUGCUCAAUCUGACUUGCUUGGUUGAGUGGCAGGGCUAGUAUGUUCUGCAGCUGUCAUUGUCUGGUUUGCCAGUGUUUGUUAUUUGGUCCUUGCCCAAGAGUGUUAGAAGUUGAGUCUCUGCAUAACCAAUUCCCUUCCCCUUUUUCAGGAGUGGGGAAAGUUUUUGUUUGUUAAAUUUGUUAGUCACUUUAUCUUUCCCAAGACAACUCAAAGCAACAAACAAACAACCAAAUGGACAAAAAGCCCCAUCCCUAGAUACAUCAAAACCAUUGUGGGGUGGGGGGAGAAAUACAUUAAAAACCUACCCACUUCUAAAAGGCCACAGAUAGUCAAAGGCCUGGAUAUGAAGGAAAGUUUUUGCCUGGCACAUAAAGAUAUAUAAUGAUGGCGCCAGGUGAACCACUCUGUGGAGAGCAUUCCACAAAUGGGGAGCCACCAAAGAAAAGGCUCAUCUUCAUGUUGCUACCCUCUGGACCGCUUGUGGAGGGGGGACAUGAAGAAGCACUUUAGAUGAUGACUGCAGGGUCCAGGUUAGUUCAUAUGGGAAGAGAUGGUCCUUGAGGUGUUGCGGUUCUGAGAUGUUUGAGGCUUUAUAUGUCAAAAUUGGGCCCAGAAACUAAUUGGCAACCAGUACAGUCAGGCCAAGGUUGGUGUUACAUGCUCAAACUGUCCUGCCUUGUUGAGCAACCUGGCCACUGAAUCCCGCAACAGCUGAAGUUUCUGAAAUGUCUCAGAGACAGUCCCAUGUGCAUUGCAGUAAUCUAACCUAGAGGUUGCCAGAGCAUAGACAAGAGAAGUUAGGCUAUCCCUGUCCAGUUGGGGUCACAGCUGGGCCACCAGCCAAAGCUGAUGGAAAGCACUCCAUGCCACUGAGGCCACCUGAGCCUCAAGUGACACCAAUGGAUCCUGAAUUAUCCCCAAGUUGUGUACCUGCUCCUUCAGAAGGGAGUGUAUCCCCAUCAAGAGGAUUAGCCUUGUCACAGCACUAACCUCACCAUCCCUCUCUUUGCCUGCAGUCCAAUUUGCCCUACUACACAUGGCAGGAGGUGCAGGCACGGAUUGUCCAAAUCCAGAAGGAACACCAGAUCUGCAUCCAUAAGAAGGAGCUGACAGAACUGGACAUCUACCACCGCAUCCUGCGUUUCAAGAACUACAUGGUGGCCAUGGUGAACAAGUCGCUAUUGCCUAUGCGCUUCCACCUUCCCCUACUGGGCGAUACAAUCUUCUAUACGCGUGGCCUCAAGUACAACUUUGAGCUCAUCUUCUUCUGGGGCCCUGGCUCACUCUUUGAGAAUGAGUGGAGUCUCAAGGCCGAGUACAAGCGAGGCAGCAACCGCCUGGAGCUGGCUGAAAAGCUGGGCACCCGCAUCCUCUGGAUUGGCAUUGCUAAUUUUCUGCUCUGUCCGCUCAUCCUCAUCUGGCAGAUCCUCUACGCCUUCUUCAGCUACACAGAGAUUCUGAAGCGAGAGCCAGGAAGCUUGGGGGCUCGUUGCUGGUCCCUCUACGGCCGCUGCUACCUGCGGCACUUCAAUGAGCUGGACCACGAGCUGCACUCACGCCUCAGCAAGGGCUACAAGCCAGCCUCCAAGUACAUGAACUGCUUCAUUUCACCUCUGUUCACUGUCGUGGCUAAGAAUGUGGCCUUCUUUGCUGGCUCCAUCCUCGCUGUCCUCAUUGCCCUCACAAUUUAUGAUGAAGACGUGCUUGCUGUGGAGCAUGUCCUCACCACAGUCACCAUCCUGGGUGUGGCUGUCACUGUCUGCAGGUGAGUUGAGAUUGGCUGCGAACAGAAGGGUUUUUGUUUUUGUUCUCUGAGUCUUGGCAUCAACGGGGUGGUUGCCAUUAUUAUGAGGAGCACCCAAUCAGAGAAUUGACAGGUGGAAAUUAAAAGCAUUCUGCUGACCAAAAAUUGCAUUAAGCUACAAAAGUUUUUCUGCUGGGUCUCCCACUGAGGAAGUUACUGGGAGAUGAAUUGCCUGUGCUGCCUUUUCCUUCUGUGGCAAUGAUAGCUAGGACACUUGAGGAAAUUGAUUAAGCUUAACAACCCACGUCUUUCAGCUCUGCAAAACUGGUUGCUUCCCUGGUUUAGUGAUCUCAGUGACGGUGGUGCCUUGGAGUUGUUUAAACUGUGAAAUCUGCAAUGAGAGGGCCCCUGGGAUGGUUCAAGGCAAAGCCUGGUUUUUCUAGAAUAGUGCAACCUUAGACUUACCUUUCAGUUUUUGCCUGGAUCAAGCAAGGACAGAGCUUCUAUCUGUCCAUGAAGAAUGUGACAGGCACUGCUUGAAGGUAAUACUCUGGGGUGAGUCACAAACUAGGGUAAGCGGACAGAAAAGGAGAAAAAGGAGUUGGAAACAUCAGCUCAGCUUGAUAUCUGAGAGAUGAAACAACGGUGGGGGUGGUAUAGCAGGUAUAGCUGCUGGUUAAACAGAGUUAGCUGUGCUGUAUAUUGAUGUGCAGUAAAAAUCAACCUGAUACUUCCUAUGUUGUAAUUGAUAGUUGAUCAGCUUCUGACAUUCUAGAUUGAUGUAACCUGCCACUGACUUAAUGUUGAAUCGGAGUCUUAAGAAAUCCAGAAUCUAGGGAUUUGGCUGAUCACUGAGUCUGUGAGGAAUUGUUGCAAGGUUGCUUUAGAGGCAAACAGGCAUCACACAUUUUAUUACCCUUUUAUCAAAGGUAGUCUGAACAGGUCUGUACUUCAAAUAAGGAUAUAAAUAAGUACAUAAAUGUGUGAAAUUAUCAUCUUCCUCCCCAGUGAACCAGUUUGUUAAAGCUGAACCUGCUAUAUCUGACCCAUAAAUAGUUUAUCUCACUACACUCCUCUGUUUUCAUCUUUCCAUGAAGAGGGAACAUGGGGCUGGGGACCCCUAGAACAUAAGGUGCCUGUCUGCUUGCUUUUAUGAAGGAAUGUAGCUCUCCUUGACACCUGUCCCAUCUGUCUUGCAGAUCCUUCAUCCCGGACCAGCACCUGGUCUUCUGCCCAGAGCAGUUGCUUCGGGUGAUUCUGGCGCACAUCCACUACAUGCCUGACCACUGGCAGGGCAACGCCCACCGCUAUGAAACCCGAGAUGAGUUCUCCCAGCUCUUCCAGUACAAGGCGGUGAGGUGGGGCAGGGCAGGGUGGGAGGAAAUCAUAUAAGAACUGCCCUUUGCAUAAACCCUGACUAGAUCCAAGCAUGUAUUGUCCGUAGAGUUCCCCCCAAAAUGGGGGAGGUUCUCUGACCCCAGGGCAUGUGGGAGGAAAGAAUCACUGGUAUUUCCCCCAGUUAUUCUCCCCAGUGCCUGCAGUCAUGUCUUGAGGCUGUGCUGUGGUUUCACAAGUGAUAGACACCCGUGCAGUUGUUGAACUUAAUGCCUUUGUCUCCUUUACAUAAGGUGUUCAUCCUGGAAGAGCUGCUCAGCCCCAUUGUGACUCCCUUGAUCCUCAUCUUCUGUCUGAGGCCCAAAGCUCUAGAGAUAAUUGAUUUCUUCCGCAACUUCACUGUGGAGGUGGUGGGCGUGGGAGAUACCUGCUCCUUUGCCCAGAUGGAUGUGCGGUGGCAUGGACACCCUGCGGUAAGUCCCAGUGAGGGGCAGCAUCAUGGACCUGACAUGCCUUGGCUUGUCCUGGGUCACAAACACCCUGCAGUGCCCCUGUCCUGCCCCAGUAGGCAGCUGUGACGCUGCUCGCAGGUCAGGUCUGCAGUGCCCUUGUGUCUGCUGGCUGCUCCUAGUCCCAUUGAGGCAGCUGCAUGGUGUGCACAAAACACCCUGUCCCUCUCUUGUUUUGCAGUGGAUGUCAGCGGGGAAGACGGAGGCUUCCGUUUACCAACAAGCCGAGGAUGGCAAGACGGAGCUGUCCCUCAUGCACUUUGCUAUCACCAACCCACACUGGCAACCUCCUCGGGAGAGCACGGCUUUCAUCGGCUUGCUUAAGGAACGUGUGCACCGCGACAGCAGCCUGGCUCUGGCCCAGCAGGCUGUCCUGCCUGACAACGCCCUCUUCACCUCCAUUCAGUCCUUGCAGUCAGAAUCAGAGGUACUGGGAACUAGUGUGUGGUAGAACAGGACAUAAUCCUGGUUUAUCAUAGGGAGAGAUUUGGAGUGAACUGUUUCUUUUUGGUGGGAUGGGGAUAAUGUUUCUAUGUGGGCUUCUGGGCUCCGUGGAGUCAUUUGAGUGCCAUGGUAGUAUGGCUGCCACUGUCUCAUUGUGACCUAAUUAGACUACCUUCCUCUUGCAAGCAUGCUACUUCUGUCUCCUGUUAUCUCUUCAGCAAAAGUUAGUCAUACUCCCCUAAAAGUUGGAACCUUCAGAGUCUCCACGUUACCCAUCCUCUCUCCCCACUCCUUUAUUUCCCAAUUCCUUUUCCUAGGAUAUAUUAUUGCUUUUCUUUCUGUAUAUUUUUAUUGUGAAAGUCUUAAGCUUACGGAAGACUCAAAGGUUGCAAAAUGGAAUUGUGAUGAAUCAAUGAGAUUCCUGUUGAUAUGAAUUGAUAUUGGAAUCAAUAUUAUUCAAUAAGAUGCACAAAUAACACUCAAAUGUAAAUAAAGUCAGACAUAAAUAAGCACCAUCCCUCCCAUCCACCCCCAGAAGGUCCUUGGUGUCUUGUGGUUACAUUGUUUCAAUUUCACUUAUCCAACUGCAAUCAAAAACCUAAGGUCCUUUUGUGUUUAGGAUCUCUUAAUGUGAUUAACAAUCCCCUUCUCACUGAAUCACUUGUCUUUCCUAUAAGAAAGUCCCCCAACACCUGUAGCAUCUUCUCUUCCAAGUGUCACCAUUUAGAAAGCAUUUGAAUUGCUGGGGGCUGGAGAUGGGUGGGCUAAUUUUCCAAAAUGUGGAGAGAAUUCAGGAUCCACACUGCAAAGGCAGAGGUGAAGUUAUUUAUUUUUAUUACAGUAUAUAAUUUCUAGACCGCCCUUCACCCAAGAAUCACAGGGUGGUUUGCAAAGUUCAGUUGUGGUGGUGAAGUGUCAAAUGUAGAUAGAUGGGGCAGACCUUGGAUCUUCCUGCCUGGGUCACACCUCCCUCCUCUGUUCUCUCCCUGCAGCCACACAGCCUGAUUGCCAAUGUGAUUGCAGGCUCCUCAGUCCUGGGCUACCAGGCAGUCCGUGAUGGGCAGGCCUCGCGGCAUCUCUCGGCUGUGUCUGAGGUGGCAUCUGCCCUGCGUUCUUUCUCUCCUCUUCAGUCAACGCAGGCGGCCCACAGGAGUUCCCACACAGAAGGUUCUCAACAUCGGGGUCCUGGCACAAUGGCAGGCUCAGGGUAAGAAGCUGCAUGUUGUAAGGGGCUAGAGGAAAAAGCCAAGAAUUGAGCACCUCACCAGCACUUUACCCAGAGUGCUCUGAGGACUAUUUCAUGAGGCUUUUCCCAGCACAGCUAUACAUUACUGUGUGUUAGAGCAGGAGGCAGCCUCCUAGAUGUGCCUUUGAAGCAGCAGCAAGAGCUUUUUAUGCCUUUUAUUACCUCUCUCCUAUUGGACUCCCAGUUCCCAUCAGUGCCAACUAGCAUGGCCAGUGGCAAAGACUGGUCACAAGCUCCCCACCCAUGGCUUGGGGUUUCCUUGUGUUUGGAGCUGAGGUUAUGAGGGACAGCAGAAAGCUAUCCAGUUCUGCAAGGCUCCCCAAAAGAUUGCUGUGUGUUCUAAACAUUCACUUUUAGUUGGCAGGCUACAGCUGUGGUAUGGUUGAUGUCACCCUUUCUAGGCUCAGAGGGGGGAAAGCUGCUGCAAUCAUACUAUUGGGGUGUGGAGUGGCAAGAAGGUGCCUUCUGGACUCCAAAUCGCUCUUUCUAACACAUCUUGACUUGACUCUUCUCUCCCUUCUGGCUUGCAGGGUUGAUGCCAGGACAGCUAGUUCUGGCAGUAGUGCCUGGGAGGGCCAGCUUCAGAGCCUGAUCCUUUCAGAAUAUGCCUCUACUGAGAUGAGUCUGCAUGCACUCUACAUGCAUGAGGUGAGCUGAGCAUCAAGAAUCAUGCAGGCCUUUGCAAUGGGCCCUGAAGGUUCUGAGUAGACCUGCAUCUUGAGACAUGUGUACCUGAAUGAGUACAGCAAAGGAGGAUCGAAUAAGCCUCUGUACUGUGAUAUAGCUCCUAACUUAAGAGAAAGGCCCUUCAUUAUACAGAAAUCAGGCUGGUAGCAAAUGCCCCCUUCACUGGGCCAUGAUUUAUGACAAUUUGUGCAUAACUGAACAUGAGUGGAGAGUAUAUAGGCUUGCAGGAUGUGAGUGACACUUGCAUGGAUGCAGGUGACGACUUGCAUAGACCUGUGUAGAAGCAUGUGAAAUUUAGGCUGUAAAUGUGAUAUUUAUGUGGAGGCCUGUGAUACUUGGAUUGUAUCAGGUCCCAAACUGGGCUUACUUGGGACACAUGUCAAUGUUACCAUAGGGUUCUAGCUGGCUGCCCAUUAAUACCCCCUGCCAUUCUCAGUUACACAAGCAGCAUGCCCAGUUGGAGCCUGAGCGGCACUUGUGGCACCGGCGAGAGAGUGAUGAGAGUGGUGAAAGCGCCCAGGAGGAGCCCGAUGCUCAUCAGGGCACCCCAAGCAGUGCCAUGCCCCGUUCAGCCAGCUAUCCUUUCGCCUCACCUCGCCAGGCUGGUGAUGAGACAGCUGCUCUGCAAGCCGGCUUCCAGCGUCGAUAUGGAGGUGUCUCAGGUAUGUUUCAGGAACGCCAAACUCAAAGUGCUUCCAUAUUCCUUAGCCAGAAAAGGCUUUAUUUCCUGCCAAACCCUGCACAUACACAUGCUGGCAUUUCUUGUUAACUACAGGGCAACGAGAGAAAAGGAUUAGAUAUCAGUCUGACAUGCUGCUUGGCAGUUUUGGUGAACCUUUUGAUGACAUGGCCAGUGCAUCAUAUGUAAGAGGCAAGCUUUUACCUGUGCUGCCUACACUCUCAGAUUGCCUCAAGGCCAACCUCAGUGCCUUCACUCCUUGCUGAUCAGCAGGUUUGGAGCACUGGCUAGCAGUGCUACAAGAGUGGCAUUAUAAGUUUGGGAAGUUCAAAAAUCCAUUUUGCUUUCAUUGCUGCCGUUUCAGAAGGCACCAUUUUCUCUGUGAUUUGGGCUCUCAUUUUCUUUAGUUUCGAUUUCCAGAAGGCUCAAUUUUCUUUGGUUAUGAUUUUCCAGAAGGGUAACCAUGUCAGUCCAUGAAAGCAUGUGCUACCUUAAAGACUAAUUUAUGACAUAUUCAUACCUCAUCAGAUGGAGUAGACUAUGGUUCAUAAUAAAUUUAUCAGUCUUUAAUGUGCCACAAGACUCUUCGUUGUUCUGGUCACAAAGCUAUCAAUAUAUUUAUUUCUUUCAACAAGGGGCAUAGCCAAAGCUGGCAGGGUAGGGUGUUGCUUAAUGGACUUGUUUAGAGGAGCAGGUGGGAACAGAAAGACCAAGAGUACUUGCAAGAUAUUAUAUUUCCACUUACGCCACUGCUUCCCAGCUACUGUAUCUGUGUUGGGUGGCUGGUAAUGGGGAACAGAGCAGACUGGAAGCCCCAAACAGAUUUUGCAGCAAAAUUUAACUUUGGCUACCCCAUCCGGUGGUUAUCUUUUCCUCUUUGUUUUCCCACAGACCCUGGCCUGGUGCACAGAGCCCCAUCACACUUUGCUCGGCUGCCACUUGGGGGGUGGGCUGAAGAUGGCCAGACUGCUCGGCACCCAGAGCCUGUGCCAGAGGAGAGCUUGGAAGAUGAGUUGCCACCUCAGAUACACAAGGUACAGCCUGGUUGAUACUUGGGCAUUGGCAAUGGCUGUGUCAUGAAACCAGAGGAAUCUGCAGUCUCUUAAUGCAGCUAUAUGUAUUACUGCACUAUCAUCACCAGGAGCUACCUGGCCAAAGACUAGUUAGUACAAAAAUAAUUUGAUUUUGUGUUUGGGAAGGCUCUACUGAUACGAACUAGUCGGGCUUUCAGGAACUCAUACACAAAGCAGACCAAAUAAAUCAGGCAAGGCUAUCCUGUAAACUGCCCCGUGUUCCUUGGUUGAAGGGAGAAAUUUUAAUUUAUAAAUUAAAGAAAGAAAGCCAUGUUUGGGUAGACUCCCCCCCCCCCCAAAAAAGUGUCAUCUCAGGGUAAUAUUUAAUGCUGUAUUGUUUUUAACACUCGAUUGGAAGCUGCCCAGAGUGGCUGGGGAAACUCAGCCAGAUGGGCGGAGUAUAAAUAAUAAAUUAUUAUUAUUAUUAUUAAGAGGGAAGAGAGUAAUAUGAGAAGCUGAGUGAGUAAGCCAGGCUUCCUCAACCUUGGCCCUCCAGAUGUUUUUGGCCUACAACUCCCAUGAUCCCUAGCUAGCAGGACCAGUGAUCAGGGAUGAUGGGAAUUGUAGUCUCAAAACAUCUGGAGGGCCGAGGUUGAGGAAGCCUGGAGUAAGCUAUGGAGGGACAGAGAGCAAUGGCAGGCAUUCUGUGAAAGAUCUCUAGCUUCAGUGUGCUAGGCACACACAAAAGUAGGCUGGGGGCAUUUUCUGCCUUGGAAAGGGGAAUUUCAGUAUAUGCAGCAUUUCUUCCCCUCCAUCAGCUGUAGCUGUCAAAAUGUUCUCUUCCAUAUGGGUUUUAGAGGUGGAGGAUCCUUAUUCUCCUUUGCAUGUAGUCAGCUGAUAUUGCUAAAUGGCCUACAACUUGCUUAAAAAUAAAUACUGAAGGUUUCAGGAGGUGGGAUCUUUGUUUGGCACAAAAUCUGGAGUAUUCAGAGCUUUGCUUUGACCCAGUCUUUCUCCUCACUGUCCCCCUUCCCAAAUAACUUCCUUUGCCUUCCCAAUUCCUUCAGGUGUAG